AUGGAGUUUACUGAAAAAAUCCCGGAUUCUCAGACAGCAGUCAUUCAGCAUGACGAUGGAGUCCUAAAAGUCACCCAUGGCUUGCCCAUUCCAAAACUUAGUUCUCAUCAUCUCCUUGUGUCGACCAAGGCAGUGGCUCUGAAUCCCUGUGAUUUUAAAAUGCCCCUAAGAUUUCCCACCCCGGGUCUUUGGGACGGUUGCGACUUUGCGGGCAUCGUUGUUGCAUUGGGAAGCCAGGUCGCUGCAGAUGGUCGAUUCCACCUUGGAGACCAUGUUUUUGGGGCAGUUCAAGGCUCCAAUCAAUCCGACCCUCAAUCUGGUGCAUACUGUCAGUACAUUCGUGUCGUCGCGGACUUCACGUUCCAUAUUCCGAAAGAAAUGUCCUUUACAACCGCCCCAGGCUUAUCAGGAACGGCAAUCGCAACCCUCGGGGUGGCGCUGUUUUGGUCACUGCAACUUCCAGGAAAGCUGGAUGAUCCAGCUAGCAAAAGAGAGGAUGUUUUUAUUUAUGGUGGAAGCAGCACCAUUGGGCUGCUUGCCAUUCAAAUGGUGAAGCUGUGCGGCCACCGGGUCAUUACAACGUGCUCCCCUCACAACUUUGACCUGGUCUGUCAGUACGGAGCCGAUCUUGUGUUUGACUACAAGCUUCCAACUUGCGCGAAAGACAUCCGGGACGCAACCAAGAAUACUCUUCGAUAUGUGCUGGAUCCCUUUUCUGAGGUGAAAACAUUGCGCAUAUGCCAGGAAGCAAUGGGCCGGACUGGUGGUCGCUACUGUGCCUUGGAACAAUACCAAGACGACCUCUUCACACGCAAAACCAUCAAACAUGAGCUGGUCAUGGGAGGUGCUAUAUCUGGUGAGGGUGUAAAACUUCCGGAGCCAUACGGUAUUUCGCCCCGUCCGGAAAUUGGGGAAUGGGCUCGAGGCUGGUACCAAUCCGUUCAGCAACUUAUUAUUGCCGGAAAGUUGAGUCCUGCUCCCGUGGAGAUCAUUCCGGGGCGGUUCGAAGGUGUCCUCGGCGGGUUGGAUACUCUUAAAGCGGGUAAGGUGUCUGGAAAGAAGCUUAUUGUCGCUAUAUAA